CAGGAAACAAAUGGAAUUGGGUGAGGUUCAAACUGGUUGGGAGAGGAAGAGCCAGAGAAGGCUCGUAGCCCAAGAGUGGCGGCGCAGCACCCGGCUGGGGAUGGCGCUUGUGGGUGCGGGCGGGAUGCUAGGCAGCAGCUCGGCAGAUGGGCGCCCACCCCCUUCUGGCUCAGAUCGCCCCUCUCCUCCCCACAACAGCCGGGCUCCCCCUUCGGCACCUCUGGAGCCCAAGAUGGAGGCCCCCCUCGAGAAGGCCCUCGAAGUGAUGGUAAACACCUUCCACAAAUAUUCGGGCAAGGACGGCGACAAGUAUAAGCUCAGCAAGGCCGAGAUGCGGGAACUACUUCUUCAGGAGAUGCCUGCUUUUGUCCCGGGGAAGAUCCAUGAACCUGGUUUCGAAUACAUGAUGAAGAAACUAGACAGCAACAAAGACGAGGAGCUCGAUUUCCAGGAAUACGCCGUCUUCUUAGCUCUCGCUGCUUCUCUCUGUAACGAGUUCUUCCGGGAGUGUGCUGACGAGAGCAACCGGAAGAGAUGAGGGUGACGUUUCCAACGGGUGGGGCCUCUUUGGCGUUAAACCCUCUGAAUCGGCCCAGCCUGGGGGCAAUGAUGUACAGUAAUAAAGAUGAGUGAAAGAAGGUUAU